UCCUUUGUGUUACAGCCGGACGCAAUGCUCACGGAACGCUUCCGGCUAGGAAUCAUGGCCGCGGCCGUUCGAGAGUCACGUGUGAGUGCGGGGAAAAAGCUGAAAAAUUCACUAAAGAAGAAGGGGAAGAUGAAAAUGGUAUCCCCGGCUGCAGCAUCGGAGCUGGAAGAUAAGGACAAAGAUGCUGUCGAUAGUGAAGGUUCUGUAGGAAGCUGUGGAUCGGAAAAGGAUCCCUUUUCCUCUGGUGAAGAAGCAGUGGAAGCUGACAAUGAGGAUGAAGCUGAGCCCUGUGGCGAUGGCAGUGAAAGUGCUGUAGAAGCUAGUGUUGGAACUAGCGUGGGCUGGGCAGAUGCCAUGGCUAAAAUCCUUAACAAGAAGACUCCUAAAAGUAAACCCACCAUUCUGGUCAGAAACAAGGAGCUGAAAAAGGAAAAAGAGAAGUUAAAGCAAGAGAGACUAGAGAAAAGAAAACAGCUUGAUAAGAAGCGGGAAUGGGAAAUGAUGUGCAGAGUAAAGCCAGAUGUUGUCAAAGACAAAGAAACAGAGAGAAAUCUUCAGAGAAUUGCAACGAGGGGUGUGGUGCAAUUAUUUAAUGCUGUUCAAAAGCAUCAAAAGAACGUUGAUGAAAAGGUUAAAGAAGCUGGAGGCUCUAUUAGAAAGCGUGCUAAGCUGAUAUCAACUGUUUCCAAGAAAGAUUUCAUCAGUGUUCUCAGAGGGAUGGAUGGAAGCACAAAUGAGAAAAGUUUGACUGGGAAGAACUCAAAAGCCAAACAGACUGAAGCAAAAUCAGAAGAGGGCCCAGGAUGGGCUAUCCUACGUGAUAAUUUCAUGAUGGGAGCAUCCAUGAAAGACUGGGACAAAGGAAGUGAUGGACCAGAUGACAACAGACCGGGGUCUGGAAGUGACUCUGACACAUAAAGCUAUAUAAGAAACACAGUUUCCAUUUUAUUUUUCCUAGAAAAAUACUCAUGCUCUGAAAGUUGGGGAAUUAUAAAGAUACCAUUUGUAAGAGAGCCAAAAGACUUUCACUGUUAUCAACUUUGGUGUUUCUCUUUUUCAUGUAAACUUGGUUAAAAUGAUAUUUCAAACCUUGUAUAAUUUUAAGCAUUGUUCUUUAGAACGUUUGUAGAAAGAAAUAUUUCUACUUGAGAUAUGCAUUUUGCCAAGUUCAUUAUAGGUUUACCUGUUGCUUUUAGAUAUUGGUGUUUUAUUUAAGUAUCACCAGGGGUUGUAGAAAUGCAGUAUCAAUUCAUAAUUAAAAUGAACUCCUUGAAGUUAACAUUUUUCAGCCUCUAA